ACUAACGCUUGCAAAAAGCACAUCUCUUCCCCAGCAUUGGUUGAUAUAUAUAUAUAAAUAUCACACAGUUCCCCAAAAAAACCCAUUUCUUUCCGCUGCGUCUAUCCUUCUCAGACAUUCCCUACAAUUUGACCUCUGAAAACAGAAGGAUUUUGACUUCGAUCGACAAAUCCAACUCAAAUUUCAACAAAACUAUCUGAAUUUAUCACAGGAUUUUCUUUUACAGGUGUUGGUUCAGAUUGAAUUGAAUUGAAAAGGGUAUAAAGGUUUCACAUCUGAUUGGUUGUUGACAGUAGGGAGGUAGAGGAAAAGAUCGAGAUCAGAUCCAUAGGGGAAAAGGGCAAUUAUGUCUUUUACCGGAACACAGCAAAAAUGCAAGGCUUGUGGGAAGACUGUUUACCCAGUGGAGCUUUUGUCUGCUGAUGGUAUUGAUUAUCACAAAUCUUGCUUCAAGUGUAGCCAUUGCAAAGGUACCCUUAAGUUGAGCAAUUACUCAUCAAUGGAAGGUGUGCUCUACUGCAAGCCUCACUUUGAGCAGCUCUUCAAGGAGAGUGGAAAUUUCAACAAAAACUUCCAAUCACCUGCAAAGGCGGCUGAGAAGUUAUCUCCAAUGCUGACAAAGUCACCAAGCAAAGCUGCUGGCAUGUUUUCGGGGACUCAAGAGAAAUGUGCUACUUGUGGCAAAACUGCUUAUCCUCUCGAGAAGGUAACAGUGGAGAAUGAAUCAUACCACAAGUCUUGUUUCAAGUGCUCCCAUGGAGGCUGUUCUUUAUCUCCAUCAAACUAUGCAGCAUUGGAGGGGAUUUUGUAUUGCAAGCAUCAUUUCUCACAGCUCUUCAAGGAGAAGGGGAGCUACAAUCAUCUCAUCAAGUCUGCAUCCAUUAAGCGAGCAUCAGCAGCAUCAGCAGCAGCAGCAACAGCAGCUGCAGCUUCUAUCCCAGAAGUUUGAAGUUUGAAACACCUACAAAUUCAUGAUGUUCAUCUUCUACUUACCAUUUUCCAACAAAGUUUUCGGCUUGUUUUGCUUGUGUUUGUCUUUUAUUGUCGUUUGAUGAGUAAGCUUUCCUUUCGACUUAUUGACUUCCUUUUGUUUGAUUGGUUGGUUCCAUGGGUGCCCAUAUUUAUCUAAACAUACUACUUCCUCUGUA